CAGCCGCAGCCGCAGCAGCCGAAGCCAUCGCGGCGGCCGCUUCCCUUCUCGCUUUACUUCGGCUGCCCGCAGAAGGGACACCAUGCCGAAGAGAAAGUCUCCAGAGGGUGCUGAAGGCAAGGAUGCAGCAAAACUAACAAAGCAAGAGCCAACAAGACGAUCUGCAAGAUUGUCAGCUAAACCAGCUCCACCGAAACCUGAACCUAAGCCAAGGAAAACUACUAAGAAGGAACCUGGAACAAAGGCUAACAAAGGUGCUAAGGGGAAGAAGGACGAAAAGCAGGAAGCUGCAAAGGAAGGUACUACACCAUCUGAAAAUGGUGAAAAUAAAGCCGAAGAGAUUCGCAUCUCUCGCUCAACUGUUAGUGUUUCAACAUCCAGAGGUGCCCCACCCAGCACACUGUCAGUAAAAGGGCAGAUUGAAACAGUGAAAGUUAAGGGCACGGAGAACUGAAUUGAUAGAUGACAAGUGCGUGUAAACCGACAUGAAAAUUUGAGGAUGAUUUUCUGUACCUCUGGACAACUUUUAAAAGAUAUUUUUAUUAAGUAUUUUGUAAAUGCUAAUUUUUUAGGACUUACAAUAAGUUGACAAACUGUAUAUGAACAUUUCCUCCUUCCAUACCCACGCUUCUAGAAAUUCCCAAUGUUGCCAAGUUACAAAACAAAAACGUAGUAUCAACUUGACAUUGGGAAAAGUGUUUGUAAGAUUGGACAAGCCUUCCACAUACUCGCUUUUCAGAAGUGUACGUCUCGUGCAUAUGGUGAUGUUUUUACCGUGGGUGUUUGGAUUUUUCUUGCAGCUUUUUCUAGAGCAAUAAUCCGUGGUGCUUUUGAAUUUAAGGUUUAUGCGAGUUUAAUGAAACAUGUAUAGAUAUGGCCACCUGCUGACUAUUUUGGGUUCUUUUCAUUUGUUUAAAAUAAACAGUCUUUGCUGCCAGCAAAUAUUUCCAAUAUUUUCUCUAAAUCUGAGAUAUGCCUUAUAAAUACUUAGCUUUUGUUAGGAAGAUACUAAGCACAGUUAUUUAGAAUAUAUGUCCCAGUGAUAUCAGGAUCAGGAACCAAACCUGUGGAAGUCAGUGGGAUUUAUACCACAAUCCUAAACACACUUACUUGGCAUUAGAGUCCAUUGUUUCGGGCCAGAGCACUUAAAUACAGGUAUUCCAAAUAAGUUGUUUAUAGGUUAAAGCCAAAGUGCUUUAUGGUCCCCCAAGGAGCACUCAUGAUACAUGCAGGUCUAUCACAAUUAAUAUAUUCAACAUUCACAAAUUGUGAUCCACGGAACCAUAAUUCGCUCACCAGCCAUGCAUUGUGGCCUGCUAGGUAUUUCAGAACUUCUUCACCUGUUUUUGCAGCCUUGCACACAAGGCGUGCAUGCAAAACCAGAACUUUUAUUGAGCCCUGGUGGGCUACUGUAUAUGGCUGGGCAUUACAUUUUAGAUCUAAAAUUAUCCACAGUCUUAAUUUUUCAGCAUUAUGUUGCUUCAAUUUAAAUAGAUUUAUAGUACUGUGACAUCACAAACUGAGCAAGAAAAUUUAAUUUCUUUGUUGGCUGAGAGAGGCUGCACAGGAACAGCUUUAAUUUCACAGACCUUUCUAACCACCCACCCACCCCCGCAGUCCAUGUAAACAUCUCAGAUUAUGACAUUGUAAUUUCUGUCUGCUCCAGUUUUAAUCUACAUUUGAUAAUUUUCCUGCUUUAUUAGAGGAAUGGUGGUUAAUUUAUCAAUUUGGAGGUUAAACAACACUAUGUCUGGUACCUGCUAGAGAUGAUGUAAAUUAAGUAUACUUUAAGAGGUCUGUGGUUGUAAUGAUGGUGUUAAAUUAGCUGAACAAUUUCUAGUACCCAUGUUAACACUGCUUCAGCCUAUUAUAAGAACCUAGUCAGUUCCCC